UCUCUGCUGUGGAGCCGAGACUUGUCCCGAGGUUCGCGACGCGAGCCAGUGGCAGAGCCAUGGCUGGCGGGGAAGACCGCGGAGACGGGGAGCCGGUAUCAGUGGUGACCGUGCGUGUGCAGUACCUGGAGGACACUGAUCCCUUCGCUUGUGCCAACUUCCCGGAGCCGCGCCGGGCCCCCACCUGCAGCCUGGACGGGGCGCUGCCCCUGGGUACACAAAUACCCGCGCUGCAUCGCCUGCUGGGGGCGCCGCUCAAGCUAGAGGACUGUGCCCUGCAAGUGUCUCCCUCUGGAUUCUACCUGGACCCUGAGCUGUCCCUGGAAGAGCAGCGGGAGAUGCUGGAGGGCUUCUAUGAAGAGAUCAGCAAAGGGCGGAAGCCUACGCUGAUCCUUCGGACCCAGCUCUCCGUGAGGGUCAAUGCCAUCUUAGAAAAAUUGUAUGGCUGCAGUGGCCCUGAGCUCCGCCGCUCCCUCUUCUCACUAAAGCAGAUCUUCCAGGAGGACAAGGACCUGGUGCCUGAAUUCGUGCACUCAGAGGGACUGAGCUGCUUGACCCGAGUGGGUGCUGCCGCUGACCACAACUACCAGAGCUACAUCCUCCGAGCAAUAGGCCAGCUGAUGCUUUUUGUGGAUGGGAUGCUGGGGGUGGUGGCCCACAAUGAGACCGUGCAGUGGCUGUACACACUAUGUGCCAGCCAGUCCCGCUUGGUGGUGAAGACCGCUCUGAAGCUGCUGCUGGUGUUUGUGGAAUACUCGGAGAGCAACGCGCCGCUCUUCAUCUAUGCUGUCAACUCUGUGGCCAGCACCACGGGUGCUCUUCCGUGGGCCAACCUGGUGUCCAUCCUAGAGGAGAAGAACGGUGCAGACCCUGAGUUGCUGGUGUACACAGUCACCCUCAUUAACAAGACUCUGGCAGCCCUCCCGGAUCAGGACUCCUUCUACGAUGUGACGGAUGCACUGGAGCAGCAGGGCAUGGAGUCACUGGUCCAGUACCACCUGGGCAAUGCGGGCACUGACAUCGACCUGCGAGCUCAACUUGUGCUCUACGAGAGCGCCCUGCGUUUGGAGGAUGGAGACAUCGAGGAAGCCAUAGGUGGACGGCGGGAGCGGAGAAAGCCCUCUUCUGAGGAAGGCAAGAGGAGCCGCCGAUCUCUAGAAGGCGGGGGCUGCCCUGUGCGCACCACGGAGCCUGGCCCCACAGGCCCCUCCUCCUCCACCAGCAGCCCUGUUACACCUACAAGCCCCGCACCCAGCCAGGUGGGCCCUGCCUCUGGCCUUUGUACCUCCGUGAACCUCUUCCCUGCCCUCUCCGUGGUGCCCGCAGCAGCUGACAGUUCCUGUGAGAGGAGCGUCUACAAACUUCACCAAACUGCUCCUGUUUGGGCCCCUGAGAGCCCCCCUGCCCCCCAGCCCCCGGCUGGGCAGGCCAGGCUGGAAGCCCGGUUCCUGGAGAAUGUGGCAGCGGCAGAAUCAGAGAAGCAGGCUGCACUGGCUCAGGGCCGGGCAGAGGCACUGGCUGGGGCAGUGCCCGACGAGGCCGAUGGGCGCCCAGAUACCCGGGAACUCUGGGGUUCCCCCGAACCAGUCCCUGUACCCAGAACACUCCAGAGCCCUGCCCCCCGAGUCCUGCUCCGGGCCCAACAGAGCUUUGAGCCAGAGCCCAAGAAGCCACUGGCCCCACCAAGUCCCAAAGCCGAGCCCACCCAGGAGCUCCCUACCCAUGUCCCCAAGCUCUGCAUUGGGGACCUGGACUUCUCAGAUCUGGGGGAGGAUGAAGACCAGGACAUGCUGAACAUGGAGUCUACAGACACCGGAAAAGGGGUCCCACCCCCACCACCCCCACCGCCCCUGUUGUCAGGAGCUCCCCCACCUCCUCCACCCCCACCUCCCCCACCCAUCAAAGGCCCCUGCCCGCCACCUCCACCCCCAGCUGCCCCUCUGCCCCCGUCAGCGCCCGACAGCCUGGCCCUCCCCACCAAGAGGAAGACAGUAAAACUCUUCUGGCGGGAACUUAAGCUGGCUGGGGGCCACGGAGGCUCCGGGAGCCGCUUCGGGCCCUGCUCCACCCUGUGGGCCUCCCUGGAGCCUGUCUCCGUGGACACCACCCGGCUGGAGCACCUGUUUGAGUCCCGUGCCAAGGACGUGCUGCCUUCCAAGAAAGCCGGCGAGGGCCGCCGGACAAUGACCACGGUGCUGGACCCCAAGCGCAGCAACGCUAUCAACAUCGGCCUAACCACUCUGCCACCUGUGCACGUCAUUAAGGCCGCCCUGCUCAACUUCGAUGAGUUUGCCGUCAGCAAGGAUGGCAUUGAGAAACUACUGACCAUGAUGCCCACAGAGGAGGAGCGGCAGAAGAUCGAGGAGGCCCAGUUGGCCAAUCCUGACAUUCCUCUGGGCCCAGCUGAGACUUUCCUGAUGACUCUUGCUUCCAUCGGGGGCCUGGCUGCCCGCCUACAACUCUGGGCCUUCAAGCUGGACUAUGACAGCAUGGAACGGGAAAUUGCGGAGCCACUGUAUGACCUGAAAGUGGGCAUGGGACAGCUGGUGCAAAAUGCCACCUUCCGCUGCAUCCUAGCCACCCUGCUGGCUGUGGGCAACUUCCUCAAUGGCUCCCAGAGCAGUGGCUUUGAGCUGAGCUACCUGGAGAAGGUGUCAGAGGUGAAGGACACAGUGCGCAGGCAGUCACUGCUGUACCAUCUCUGCUCCUUGGUGCUCCAGACGCGGCCAGAUUCCUCCGACCUCUACUCAGAAAUCCCCGCCCUGACCCGCUGUGCCAAGGUGGACUUUGAGCAGCUGACCGAGAACCUGGGGCAGCUGGAGCACCGAAGCCGGGCAGCCGAGGAGAGUCUGCGGAGCCUGACCAAGCACGAGCUGGCCCCAGCCCUGCGUGCCCGCCUCACCCACUUUCUGGCCCACUGUGCCCGACGUGUUGCUAUGCUGCGAGUAGUACACCGCCGUGUCUGCAACAGGUUCCAUGCCUUCCUGCUGUACCUGGGGUACACGGCACAGACAGCCCGUGACGUGCGCAUCAUGCAGUUCUGCCACACGCUGCGGGAGUUUGCGCUGGAGUACCGGACUUGCCGAGAGCGGGUGCUGCAGCAGCAGCAGAAGCGGGCCACCUACCGUGAGCGCAACAAGACCCGGGGACGCAUGAUCACCGAGACAGAGAAGUUCUCAGGUGUGGCUGGAGAAGUCCCCAACAACCCAUCUGUACCAGUGGCUGUGGGUAGUGGGCCAGGCCGGGGUGAUGCAGACACUCACGCCAGCAUGAAAAGUCUGCUGACCAUCAAGCCUGAGGACACCACACACAGCCGCCGUAGCAGAGGCCUGGUCCCGAGCAGCUCCCCAGUCAUGCCCACAGCAGUGGGGCCCUCCACUGCACCGCCAGAAGAACCCCCAGGCUCCAGUUUACCCAGUGACACUUCGGAUGAGAUCAUGGACCUGCUGGUGCAAUCAGUGACCAAGAGCAGUCCUCGUGCCUUAGCUGCUAGGGAACGCAAGCGUUCCCGUGGCAACCGCAAAUCUUUGAGACGGACAUUGAAGAGUGGACUCGGAGACGACCUAGUGCAGGCACUGGGACUUGGCAAGGGACCUGGCCUGGAGGUGUGAAGGCGCUGCCUCCAGGAUGGAUAUCUGUCUGGGCCACAGCCUGCAUGCAAAAGACUAUAGAGAAAGGAGGGUUCAGAGCAGAAUUCUGGGCAUCUCCUCAACCCCGGGGUGACUCUGUGCCUAUGGCCAAUGCCUUGAACAGUAUUAGCUGUGUGUGUGUGCGUGUGUGUGCGAGCGAGCUCCCUGAACAUGUGGAGCAUAAUAAAGUUUUCUUAGCCAAUC